AUGAUUGUCCAAGCAAAUUACGACAUACAUCCUAUGUAUAAGCUGAGUCGAGUGGUAUUUUCUCUAUUGGGUAUCUGGCCAUAUGCGUCAACGAACUCCUGGCUCCUAGAGAAGUUAAAAAGGACCGUUCUACUUCUGGGACUUUAUUUCCUCCUUGGUUUUGACCUAAUUCCUAUGCUCCUUUACGUAUUCCUGGUGCAGAAUGAGACUCGUGUCAAGCUGAAAGUUAUGGCAUCGAUAAUAUUUACGAUAGUGUCGAUCUUUAAGUACAGCAAUCUGUUGUACCUCAAGAAUCAAGUGAGAAAUUGCUUGACGCGUGUCGAGCAAGAUUUUCGAAGUGUCAUCAGUCCGACCGCGCGUGAAACGAUGCUCUUCCAUGCGAGAACCGGAAGAUUUUUGUGCAUUCUGUCCUGUAUAAUCACGUAUUCCACCUCAAUAGCGUAUCGAGUGUUUAUACCGCUUUCGCACGGGAAGAUUGUCACCCCUGAAAAUAUCACAAUUAGACCAUUGCCGCUUGUUGCUCACUUUGUGGUAUUCGAUCCUCAGCCUAGCCCGGUUUACGAGAUCGUGUUCUUCGUACAGUUCUUCACAUCCCUCGUCAAAUCCACGAUCGCAGUGGCAACCUGCUGCAUCGCGUCGCUCUUCGCUAUGCACAUCGUCGCGCAAUUGGAGAUAUUGACGGCAACAAUGAACAAUUUGACGUGCGAACACAAAGAUGGGAAUGUGUCGGGGGAAUUAUCAAUUAUCGUGGAACAUCAAAUAAAAACGCAAGAUUUAGUUCACAUGGUGCAAGGUGUUAUUCACUAUUGGAGCCUACUGGAAAUUAUAACAUCUAGCUUUCUGAUAUGUUUUAUAUCAUAUCACCUUCUUAUGGAAUGGGAAGCUAGCAAUGGCAUCGCUACGUUUGCGUAUAUCAUUACAAUCUCUUCGUUUAUCUUCUACAUAUUUUUAUAUUGUUUUAUCGGCGAACAGCUCUCUGAAAAGGCAGAACAAGUGGCUCUGACAGCAUGCACUUUGGAUUGGUACGUUCUUCCGGACACGAAGGCGCGGGCGUUAAUUUUGCUCAUGAUCAUGUCGAAUACUCCAUUGAAACUUAAAGCUGGCAGCUUUAUGGAUCUAUCCUUCAGGACAUUUGGUCUCAUAGUCAAGAAAGCUGAUUGCGUGGUGACUUUGAUACUCGGUACCUUUACAGUACCAACUCAAAAACGUUUCGUAAUGUUUGCCAAUGCGAAUUACGAGCGCGACAUAAACUACACGUACAGGUUGAAUCGAUUUGUAUUUUCUAUGUUGGGCAUCUGGCCGUAUGCACAAACCAACUUCUGGCUUCUGCAGAAGCUAAAGAGGACGGUGUUACUUCUGGGCUUCUAUUUUCUACUUUGUUGUGACCUAAUUUCUAUGCUCCUUUAUAUAUUCAUGGUGCAAAAGGAGACACGCGUGAAGCUGAAAGUUAUGGCCGCCGUGAUAUACUCGAUUGUGACGAUCUUCAAGUACAGCAAUCUAGUGUAUAUAAAGAAUCGAGUGAGAAAUUGCUUGACGCGUGUCGAGGAGGAUUUUCGUAGUGUCGCGAGUUCGUCUGCGCGCAAGACGAUGCUCCUUCACGCGAAAAUCGGCAGACAUUUGUUCAUCCUGUGCAGUGCAUUCAUGUAUUCGGCCGGAAUGGCGUAUCGGGCGGUUAUACCGCUUUCAAAGGGAAAGAUCGUCACCGCUGAGAACAUCACGAUUAGACCAUUGCCUUGCGCUGCUCAUUUUAUAGUGUUCGAUCCGCAGACCAGCCCGGCUUACGAGAUCGUGUUCUUCGCACAGUGCUUCACGGCGUUCAUUAAGAACACGAUCACAGUGGCAGCGUGCGGCAUCGCGGCGCUUUUUACGAUGCAUACAGUCGCGCAAUUGGAGAUACUGAUGACGGCAAUGAACAAUUUGACGAACAAACACAAACUUGGGAAUGUGAACAGGGAAUUAUCUAUUAUUGUGGAACAUCAAAUAAAAACGCGACAGUAA